AUGCGUGUUGUAGACCCCCCGGCUGUGACUAUCCCACCCACCGAAACCGAGAAAGAUACUGGUGGCUCACCUCUCCAGACCUCUCCUAUCGUAACGAAGGAAUUAGACAAAUCCAAGCUUGACAUAGAACAUGCCGUGGUAGAAGAUGAUCCCCGACUGUGGUCCGAUACCAGAAAGACGGCAAUAUUAUUCAUUAUCUCUGGAGCAUCUAUGAUCGCAGGGCUAUGUGCUAAUAUCCAGAAUCCCGCAAACGCACAGAUCGAACAACAACUGCAUGCGUCGAGCGGACAGAUAAGCUUGAGCUUGUCCUUGUUUAUCCUUGUGCAAGGCAACUUUCCGAUACUGUGGAGCGCGUUGAGUGAGAUUAAGGGAAGAAAACUUGUCUACCUUGCCUCGGUUUCGUUCUUCACAUUGGGUUCAACUGUUGUUGCUGUCUCCAAGAAUAUAGGACUUGUCAUCGGUAUGCGUAUCCUACAGGCAAUUGGGUCGAGCGCUGUCAUUUCAAUUGGUGCCGCCACGUUAGCAGACAUUUAUGAGCCCCAUCAGCGGGGCACUAAGAUGGGUGUCUUCUAUUGUGCCCCCCUUCUCGGCCCCUCCUUGGGGCCGAUUAUAGGUGGGGUACUUACACAAGCACUCAGCUGGCGUGCUGUAUUUUGGUUUCUGGUGAUCUGGGGUGGAAUCAUGUUCUCAGCAUUUUUGUUUUUAUUCAAGGACACGUUCAGAGGGGAGCGCAGCCUGGCAUACCAGAACAUCCUGAAGAGAAGGAUGCAAGAGCCACGUUUGUCUGAAGCCGAGAUGUUUAACAGCCAGAAGAGGGUCGGUGAAUUGCCGUCCAGGGACGUUGAAGCGCAACCAUCCAUUGCCACUGUUGGAGAUGCAAAAGACAUCGCCCUAUCAUUUUCGAAUGUAAAUCCCUUUCCGCCAUAUGUCAAGAUUCUACGCCGCAAAUAUAAUCUCGUGAUCUUGAUACCGUCUGGACUCUUGUUUGCGUUCGGCUUCAGUAUCGCAUAUACUUGUGCACGAACUCUUUCACUCUACUAUGAUUAUGAUGCAUUGAAGACUGGGCUGGUUCUUCUUUCUUUUGGCAUCGGAUCUAUGUUGGGGAGUAUACUGGGUGGUCAGUGGUCCGAUAGGACCCUUGCACGACUGACAGCAGCGAAUGGUGGUGCGAGUUUCCCAGAGAUGCGGUUGGAAAGUACGAAGAUUGCUAUGUGGGUAUUACCGCCAGCGGUUACCGGUUACGCUUGGGUAUGUCAAGAGCGUGUCCACAUUGCUGCGAUGUGUACUAUGUUAUUCUUGAGCGGCUUCUUCUCUAUAUGGAUAUAUUCCAGUACCUUGGCGUACAUUGUAGACUCCAAUGCCGGAAGGUCAUCAAGUGCCGUUGCUGCAAAUAGUUCUAUUCGUGGUACCUUCGCAUUCAUUGCGGCUGAAGUUGCUGUGCCUUUGCAGAAUGCAAUUGGUGAUGGGGGACUGUACACCAUCUGGGCGGGGUUGAUGCUAAUUGCCGAGUUGAUAAUUCUUUUGGCCCUCUACAAAGGAAAGCAAUGGCGAGAGGCUAGCAUUGAGAAGGAAAGACAGAAGUAAGUCUGCCGGUGCAUGGUGAUCUGAUGGAAGGAGUGCACCAAUGGG